AUGUGCUCAGCUUCAGAACCGAUCUCCUUGUGCCACCCCGCUGUGUGGGCAUGCCUGUGUGGUGAUGGAUGGCGCGGCGUUGUUCUCACUUGGCUCUUGCUCCUGAGCGCACUGGUGCCCAAAGGCUUAGGAGCGGUGACUGGCUGCACGACAUGCGGCGUUCAGCACAUGGACAAAGGCUCGGAGGAGCAGUUCCUCAUAGAACUGGCCAAAAAGCAGAUUCUGAGCAAACUUCACCUGCGGGAGAGACCCAACAUGACGCAGCCGCUGCCGCGCGCCGCGCUCUCCACUGCUCUGCGCAAACUGCAUGCGGGACGCGUCCGAGCGGAUGGCACCGUGGAGCUGGACAGCAACCUGGCGAGCGCACAGCACACAGACCAGGCGUACGAGAUCGUCAGCUUUGCAAACAUGGAUGAUGUGGAUUCCAGCAGUAAAAGCUCCGUCUUGUCCUUCCAGUUUCUGCAGGAGCAAGGUCGAAACAUCCAGGUACUCCAGUCUUCCCUGUGGGUGUAUGUGCACCCAGCCAACAGUCCCCUUCCAGCCGGCCGUGUUUCUGCCCAGGUGUACUUGUCAGACACAAGUAGUGGCAACCGCACCCUCCUGCUCCAGCGCAGCAUUGAGAUAGCAAGGGGUGGCUGGCAGACAUUUCUCAUCACCCGCACUCUACAGGCCUUCUUGGAUGCUGGGCAACAGCGCCUGCAGCUGGAAGUGCACUGCCAAGUGGGAAGCCAAAACCUAUGCAGCCAGAGUGGUGUUGAUGCAUCCCAGAGGUCCUACCUGGUGGCACAAGUGCAGCUCCGUGAUGGUGACCCCAAGCACACAGUGAGCAAGCGAUCUCUCAGCUGCGGUGAUGACGCCAGUGUCUGCUGCAAGAAGGACUUCUACAUCAAGUUCCAGGACAUACAGUGGCAGGACUGGAUCAUUGCACCUGAAGGCUAUCACAUGAACUAUUGCAUGGGCCAGUGCCCGCAGCACCUGGCUGGCUCACCAGGUAUCGCUUCCUCAUUCCAUGCCACAGUGUUCAGCCAGCUGAAGGCUAAUGGCAUUCACGCGGCUGUCUCAUCCUGCUGUGUUCCCAUCCAGAGGCGUCCACUGUCCAUGGUCUAUUUUAACUCGCAGCACAGCAUUGUGAAGACUGAUGUGCCAGACAUGAUCGUGGAGUCCUGUGGGUGCACGUAA